GCGUUCUACGCCCGUUUCGUCGUCGGAUUCGCGUUUCUUUUCGCGUUUCGGACGUUUUCCACCGAGCACAUUUUCGUUUCGGUGCCUCGUUUGGCGUUCUAGCCUUUUCGGGGUUCGUUCCCCUCACUUUCCUCUUCAUUUCCGUGCCCUUUCACAUUCCGGCCUCCCCGGCCAUUUUCGACCCUCUCGGGAGUUGACUUUUCAGUUGACUCUUCAUAUUCCGGCUCGGUUUUCCUUUUUCCGACCAUUUUCACAUCACUCUCUACAUGGCGGACGACAUUCCACGUGUCGGGACUCCCCCGGACCACGAGAUGGAUCCCGGGGUCGAGCUCUUACCAUUGAGCGAGCGCCCGUUCGACCCGGCGCCCUCCCGGCCGGCGAUCCACGUUCUGCCCCCAGACGGUCUGCGUCAGUUCCGGAGCUUUGAGAGGUACGCGGCGCCUGAGCUACUACUACGCGAGCCUACCUCCCAACUUUCAUUCGGCACUUCCGAGGAGGGUUCCCAUACCAUUCGCGGGUAUGGGAAUACUGGUGCUCGGGAGUGGUACGAUGAGCUCCCUGAUGCGGUCCAGCGCAUCGUGGACUGAGCGGGCUUCGGCACCUUCUGCCGAGGGCUCUCUAG